AUGAUUGCGGCUUGGGUUCACUUGGCCUUAGUUGCCACUCUCAGCUCCAGUGCCCUGGCAGCUCCGUUUAGUAAUUUCAAUGGAGAAUCAGAUCCUGAACUUACGGCUGGCUACUUUCAAGGCGAUAUGGAAGUAGACUUUGAGCGGAACGGCCAGCUGAGCGAAACGCGUCGCUGGCCGAAUGCAACGGUUCCCUACAGGAUAGACGAGGAUUUCGAUGCUGGCCAAGUGGCCUUUAUUAAGCUGGGAAUGCAGAUUAUUGAGCGAUCUUCUUGCAUUCGCUUCGUGCCCGCCAGCGAGCUAGAAGAAAAUUAUCUUUUUGUGAUUACCUCAACGUCAGGAUGCAGCUCGAAGGUUGGCUACCAGCCUGGCGAAAGAACUGUCAAGUUGAAGCCGGACGUGCUGGACAAGGGCUUGGGUACCAUCCAGCAUGAGCUGCUCCACACUCUGGGUUUCCAUCAUCAGCAGUGCUCCCCGGAUCGAGACGAGUUUGUGCGGAUUGUGGAGGAGAAUAUCUCUGAGGGUCAUGCUAAAAACUUUGUCAAGUACGAGGACACCGAUGUUGGCGACUACGAUCAGCCCUAUGACUAUGGUAGCAUAUUACAUUACAGUUCGUUGGCAUUUUCUGUCAAUGGCGAGCCGACUAUUGUGGCCACUAAGCCGGAGGGACAGUCCUUGAUGGGGCAACGUCUGUCCAUGAGUACAACAGAUAUUCAGCGUCUGAAUACCAUGUACAAAUGUCCUAUUCAAUUGUAAAAUUGUACAAUAAAUAUUCUGAAUAAAUAUGUAAA